AUGACUGUGGCCAUCACUACCCUCAUGACUGUGGCCAUCACCACCCUCAUGACUGCCUCACCACCUACCUACGCGACUACCACACCCUCACAACCAAGGCCUCCUCCUCCACCAACACCUCCACCACCAACACCACCAGCGCCUCCGUUACUAUGGCCAUCACCCCCACCACCACGGUUACCCCUUCCACCAUCUUCUCCCCCAGGGCCCCCACCACCUCUACCAUCUCCACCACAAGGACCUUCACCUCUACCACGAAGGGCCACCACCUCCACCACCUCCACCACUUCCACCUCAAGGAACUACACCUCCAACACCAUCUCAACCACCUCCACCACUUUCACCACCGGGCCCGUCAUUUUCACCACCUCCACCUCAAGAGCCUCCAUCAUCGCCAUCCCCUUCUACCCCCCCAUCCCCCCCCCUACCUUUAAUCUACUUCAAGGGUUACCUGUUAAACAAACCCAAUGUCAAUCAAGCUCCAUGCAGACACAAUGUUGCAACCAUGUUAAACAAACCCAAUGUCAAUCAAGCUCCAUGCAGACACAAUGUUGCAACCAUGUUAAACAAACCCAAUGUCAAUCAAGCUCCAUGCAGACACAAUGUUGCAACCAUGACCUGCAGCAUUUCCAGAUUUCAUUUGCUGUAGGGAACAACGCUCUCCUUACUCCAGAGUUGGUGGACCAGAUGUGA